CCGCUGCCCCUGCCCCUGCCCCGCCUCAACAUGGACAGCCGCAAGCUCAGCGAGCUGCAGGCCUUCAUCAGGCUCUGCCAGCAGGACCCGGGCCUUCUGCACACGGACGAGCUGCGGUUCCUCCGGGACUGGGUGGAGAGUAUGGGUGGUAAAAUCCCACCUGCUCCACAUAAAGCGAAAUCAGAAGAAAAAAUCAAGGAGGAAAAGACUGAAAGUAAGAAACCUGAGGACUCCCCCAAGCUAGAAGAGCUUGAGAGCGAGGAAAGUGACGUAGAGAUCGAUAACGAAGGAGUGAUUGAAGCAGAUACAGAUUCCCCUCAGGAAAUGGGAGAUGAAACUGCCGAGAUAACAGAUGAGAUGAUGGAUCAGGCUAAUGAAAAGAAAGCGGCGGCCAUUGACGCCCUCAAUAGUGGUGAUCUUCAGACUGCCAUUCAGUUACUCACAGAGGCCAUCAAACUGAAUCCCCGUUUGGCCAUUUUAUAUGCUAAGAGAGCCAGUAUCUUUAUAAAACUGCAAAAACCCAAUGCUGCUAUUAGAGAUUGCGACAGAGCGAUUGAAAUAAACCCAGACUCAGCCCAGCCCUACAAAUGGCGAGGGAAGGCCCACAGACUCCUUGGCCACUGGGAGGAGUCAGCCCAUGAUCUUGCCAUGGCUUGCAAACUGGACUAUGAUGAAGAUGCCAGUGCUAUGCUGAAGGAAGUCCAGCCAAGGGCCCAGAAGAUUGCCGAGCAUCGGCGAAAAUACGAAAGAAAACGUGAGGAGCGAGAGAUCAAAGAGAGGCUAGAAAGGGUGAAGAAGGCCCGGGAGGAGCAUGAGCGAGCCCAAAGGGAGGAAGAAGCCCGGCGAACCUCGGGAGCCCAGUUUGGCUCUUUUCCAGGUUUUCCUGGAGGUAUGCCUGGGAACUUUGGAGGCAUGCCUGGCAUGGGAGGAGCCAUGCCUGGGAUGGCAGGAAUGCCCGGGCUCAAUGAGAUUCUUAGUGACCCGGAAGUCCUCGCAGCCAUGCAGGACCCAGAGGUGAUGGUGGCGUUCCAGGAUGUGGCACAGAACCCUGCGAACAUGUCCAAAUAUCAGAGCAACCCAAAGGUUAUGAAUCUCAUCAGCAAAUUAUCAGCCAAAUUUGGAGGUCAAGCAUAAAUGCCCUUUUAACAAAUAAAGCCCUUACUGACGGAAAAACAACCCAGAUCACUUAAUGGACCUCGCAAUAACACAAACCAAAUGUACCUCUGACCUUCUGGUGAAGAAAACUGGGGUGCUUGGAAGAUAAUCCCCCCCACCCUGCCCCCGCCCCCAAUGCAGCAGAGCAUUUUACAGGGAUUGGCCAGCCAUUAGUCUAGCAGAUAAUGUUGUCCUACUCGGAAUCAUAAACUUAAGAAACACAGAAGCAUUUUCCAAAACUUUAAGAUUACUUAAAGGAGAAAGAAAAGAGAGUGCAUAAAAUUAUUUUCUUUACUAAUCAUUUUGGCUUUCCCUUGGACUUGGUUAGAUUUCAGGGUGAGGAAGAAGAGAUUUGCAUUAAAGAUUUCUCAUCUAGUCGUGGGGAAAGCAGACUAGUCAGAGGCGAACGCUGCUCAUAUAGCGUGUAAAAUUUGAAGCGUGUUCGUGCCUCUUGGGAUUUUUUGAUUUUUUUUUUUUUAAUCCUGAUGUGCUUUUUAAAAAAAACAGCUUCUUUUGAUGGCAAAACAAGAUGUGGGACCACCAGUGAUGUAGUGAGUACUUGGGCAGAGACAGGUCCUGCCUGCGGUGAGGGCUGCGGCAGUGUGACCAGCUAUUCUCUCCCAUGGCAUCGCGGGGAGGAAUUAAACAGUCAGGCCCUGCGGUGCCACGAGGCUUCUGUGAGACUGGCUCACCACCUUGGAAUCUUGUCACUGUAAACGCCUGUGUUUCUGUUUGGGGAAAGGAAGGAGGGGGUCCUUUUCUUUCUUCUUGGAUGCGAAUCGGUGUCCUUUCCUCAACAGCAAGACUCCCGGCCCUCUCUGGGCUCUGUUUUCAGUGGUUUUCCACAGUCUAUUUUUCCCCAUUUUAUUAGGCUAAAAAUAGUUCUCAUACAGUCAAUAUUUAUGAAGGCCACCAUUCAAAGUAUACUUAAUUGUGCAAACGUUGCCGAAUGCUUGGUUUAAUGUAAAAUGCAACACUUACUGUUUCUGUAUAUGGGCUAAUGCUCUUAACUUCUCGUUUGGCCAAGAAAUUUCAUUUUUAUUCAUUGGGACCCUAAGGACCCCAAGCAUUACAUAUUUUUCUGUGCUGAAACAUGGAGGGAAGAAGUUCAUGGUUUUCUUUCUUUUACUUGGGAAAUAUCCCUUGAAAAUUACAUUUGCAUUAAUCUUUCCAUUUUGGGGAAGGAGGGCAUGAGGAUUGGAUUAGUGGAUAUACAAACAUGUAGGUGAACUUGGCUAUAUGAUCCAUUAUUAAAUACGUGAUUUAUGAGUAGAUUAGAUUUGUGAUUCUUUUUGCGUUGUAGGGUUGUUUAAAUAUUUUAUGACAGAUCUUAUCACUGCUUUCUGGUAGGAAGGCUGUUCCUUUCAGUAGGUGCUAGCUGUUUCUCCAGCUGCCACUUCUGAUAACAGUAAGCCAUCCAGAAAACAGCUCUGGCUCUGCCUGUGUGGGCAGGGCCUCCCAUCUAAAGACAUUCUGUGUGUUACUUGUGCACAGCCUGGAGUAGCUGAGAAGUAUGAUGGACACGGAGCAUCCCUGAAAUAAGUCAUCGGUUAACUGAUGACCCUUUGCCCCCCCGUGUAACUGGGCAGGCGUAGUGUUGAGGGCAGCAGAGCUGGUGCAGUGAACACCCUUGCUCAGGCAGAAACACCUGGGCUUUUCCUGCGGUGUGCUCUCCCUUCUCACAGCCCCCAGCAUGAUACCCCUCAUCCUCCCAGUGUCCUUGGGAGACUUUCCCUUGGUUUAUUCAACCUUACCUCCUACAUGUAAGCAGUGCAAAAAGCUGAGCCUGGGUAAGCCCUCUUGAUCUUGGGAAAAUGGCAUGUGUUCAGAGUGUGUUGGGUCUGGUUGGUUUGCAGAUACAAAGCUUAUUUUCCAGUUGUCUAGGGAUGCAACAUAAUAGCCAAGCCUGACAUUUUUUUCUUGUACUAAUUACCCUACAAGAAAGAAAAAUGUGAAAGGAAAGUUUGUUUUUUGUUUUUGCUUAAAAAUAGAAGUUAGUGGAUAUUUCUAGUCGCCUUCACAAAUAAAGUGUGGUUUUCAAACCGGAA